AUGUCCGAAACUCAACUUGCCUUGCCCUUUUUAAUCAUAGGCCUUGGCUCUGAAAUGAUAAACUUCCUCCUCCAUAAAACAGAGGUCCAAAAUAUCGACUCAACUAAAUCAUCAAAGUUAAAGCGAGAUUUAAUUAAAUAUUUGUAUUCCAACGAUUUCAUUAAUGAGAUGAUGACCCCUCAGCCAAUUUACAAUUUACGAGCAUGCGAAGAAAUCUUCAAAAAACUAUUAAGUAUAUCAAUUUUCAAAACAAAAGCAAAUGGUUGGAAGAAAUUGUUCAAAAUAAUGACUAUACUUGCCUAUAAUGAAUAUAGGCAUUUUAUUGGCAUCGCUAUCUUAUUUUAUUAUAAUAAAUAGGAUAUCUAAUAAUUGAUAAGAAUGCUUAUAUUCAUUGCUGAUAGUUAUAUGAACUAUAAAUCAAAGCUCAUAAAUUUAAAAUGGCCAGAGGAAUUAUUGGAUAUGACAGUCUCAUACAUGAAAAAUCUUAGAAUUUUAGUAGCUGAAACUGAUGAAGAAGUGCUAAUUAAUGACUCUGUUGCCAAAAUGAAGGCUCUAUUUGAUAUGUGCAGCUCUGCAGGAUACAACAGAAUAAAGCAGACCCUGUUUAAGACGCUUCAGAAUUCAAAUACUAAAAUUGGGUCAAUGCUAAAAUCAGGGACUCAAUUAAGAGAUGGAUCCUUUGGAUUUGAUAAUUUUACGGCCCCACCUGGGACAAAACCUCCAGGUGAUGGCAAGGUAUAUUUUUAUGGAAAUUUCAGAAGCAAACUCAAGAUAAAAAUUCCGCUAACUCUAUUAUGAAGAAUAGCAUAUUCUCAUUCCCUUUAAUAAGCAAAAAAACCCCAAGGGUAAUUCUUUUUCAAAAAUAUUAUAUUGAAAUCUAAGUCAUAAAAUUUCUUAUAAAAACGAUAACUGACUAAAAAUUAAUAUAAUUUGCUUGAGAUUCAUUAUUGCAAUUAUAAUUAUACAUUAUAGUGCUGUAAAUUCUAUAGUAUGUUCGAUAAGCUGAAAUUAUUUUCUCUAAUUUACUACUAUUAUCCUAUCUUAUAAUAAUCAGCCUAAAAAAAAUCAGCAUGCAAUAUUCGGACAUCGAGUUAAGGGAAAAAUAUGAAAAAAGUAAAGCCCCAUCAAGAAGACCUGGAGAAAUGAACAUAAACACUUCACAAGAAGAAGAAGAUAAAAGCUUUAUAUUUGAUGAGAGCGAAAGAAAAGGCGUGGCCAAAUGGGAACUGGAUUCAUUGCAUAAAAUGAUAAAUCCUAGUGAAGAAGUUGUAAACACUGAAAGUGUUGUACUUGAUUACGAAGAAAAAACCGCACCAAAGCCAGAAAUUAAAGACGAAAAAGAAAUUGUCAAAGAAAUGAAAGCAAAAAUUGACAAUUCUAAGCUUGAAAAAAUGAAAGCAUAUUUCAACGAAGAAAGCCAUAAAGAACCUUCCGAAGACGAUUUAAUGAUUAAUCUAGGAGUUAAAUAG